AUGGCCAGCAGGGAGCAGCACGACCCUGUGUUCUGGGGGAGCCAUGUCGUGAGUCUGCAGCAUCCAAUGCCACAGAAAUGCAAGAUGUGCUCAGAAACAGUGCUCCCCCUGCAGCAGAGCCAGGCUGGGCUCAGGCCUUUCUCCCAGCAGCAUUUUCACCAUGAGGCCUUCAGGUGUCUGGAGACCGUGAGCGCCAAGAAGCAAGUAUGUGAAACCUUUCUCCACAGCUUACUAGGUGGUUCCUUCCAUCAUUCAUCGGCACAUGUAGGAAGCUGUGUCAGGUGUGGAAAUACAAAAAUACAGGAGACAUGA